UGCCAAGGGCUUCCAGCACCACCGAAUGACCAACGGGGCCAUGAAUGUUGAGAUUGGAAACCCUGCCUAUAAGAUCUAUGAAGGAGAUCCUGAUGAUGAUGCUGGGGAACUUCUGGACUCCGACUUUGCUUUAGACCCAGACAAGCCCACCAACUUCACGAACCCAGUGUAUGCCACCCUGUACAUGGGUGCCCACAACAGCUGCAAUUCUCUGGCGAGCACUGAUGAAAAGAAGGAGCUCCUCUCCCAGGUUGAUGAGGACAUGAGCGACCCCCUGGCAUAGACCUCGGCAUGGACUGAACUCUGCCAACAUUGCCCUGCCUCGCCCAACCUAGAGCCAGCGAGCUCUCUCAUUUUAUGCCUUUACCAACUGAAAAGAAAAGCAACGAAAAAACAUAAAAACAAGAACACUGUAUAAAAUGUAUAAAAUGAAGAACUACUUUUUUUAAGUGAUUGCAGUAUUAUAUUUUGUUCUUUGACAAAAAGGAAAACAAAUCCUCUGGUGACGGAAAAGAAACCAUUUUAUAGACAUUUUAUCCAGUUCUUUUUCAUUUUGCUCACUUCCUCACAACUUCUCUCUCUCACACACACACACACACACACACACACCUUUCUCACGCAUUCAGCCACUACCUCUGUGCAAAUGUAAAAGAUACAAAUGGCAGUGGAACAAUUUUAAUUUUUUUAUUUUUGUAUAAAUUGUGUAGGGGAAAAGAGAAAAAAAACAUUUUUGUUCCAUCCUAGAAAAUGUUGCCAAGUCUUCGUUGUUCAUGAAAGAGAGGAGAUGCGUCAGUGCUCACCACGAAUGCUUCCUGGAUGCUGGUUCACAUUUUGUGUAUAUGUAUGUUUGCUACUGGAGGUCUUAGAGGGAAAGGCGAGGUGAUGUUUAACUGCACGUGUAUGCACAAGAGACUCGGCAUCUGAUCUGUUGUUGCAAAGAGCUACAUUCAAGUGAUUGUCUUUUACCUCCUUGCACAGACUAAAGUUACAUAUAUAUAUAUAUAUAUUAUAAAUAUAUAUAUUUCCAUAUAUAUGAACCUAUUAACAAAGUGUCUUGAAAAUAUACCCAGGAAUACAAACAUCAGUAACAAAUAGCAGUCUGUACUUUUUAAUGUUUUUCUUUUGUUUUUUUAAGUCAUUGUAUAAUUGACAUACUUUGUGUCACCGAUGAAUGAAUCAUGGCAGUGUGUUAGUGUGCGCUGGAUGAAGAUGAUUGUAAUUAAGUCCACAUUCCAGGAUGAAAAAGCCUGGGAUGAUAUCCGUGGCCUUGGAUUAGCCUACUGCAGGACACCCUGGACAGGAGCUGGGGCUUUGUUCUGAAACUCUUCUGGAGUAGAGACAAGCGUCUGUGAAUUUCCGGUCAUCCUCUAAAAAAAAAAAAGAACCUGCGACCAGUAAUUAGCCGAGAACGGUUGCUUUCAACUUUUGUUCCUCGUCUUUUGAUUGUAAACAUACUUUCAGGAAAGGCCAGGGAGACCGUCUGAUGGUACGUACUUCUGUGGGAGGUUGGAUUUUUUUUUCUUUCCUUCACUGUAUGUAAUUACAUGGACAUGUAAUUUAGGUUAAUGCUCAUUGUUAAGUGCAUUCUCAGGAAGGAGACUGAUCGGCUUCCUGAUAAGCAUUCCUUUCUCCAUUCCUUUGCUUUGCUGCUAACCAUCCGGAUUUUUAGUCUGGGAAGUGUGGCUCUAUGUCUCACUGCUCACCGUAUUGCUUUUAAUCACCUCAGCUUGUCAGCCAUACCUACCAUAUCACUGCAUGGUGCUCACACACACAGAGACACACUUAACCAAGAGGAAACUCUGGCUUUAGUCCUCAAAUGUUAACAGUAUUCAUCACAUUUUUUCUUUAAAUUCUGUUUUUUUUUCUUGCUUAUUUGCUUUUAACAUCCUGCUCUGUUAAAUCGCCAUGUAAGUUGGAACAAUCAUAUUUCAUUUGGAGAAUUUCUUUAACUGGCAAAAACCCACGUUUGUGGUUCUGAUUGUUUUGUUAUAAUUCGAUUUCUGUUUGAUAUAAGGAAUUAAAUGGAUUUUUAUAGUAGAAAUGUACGAUGGCCGUGUCUGUCAUUUGGAAAGAUGGAGAGGAGAAGCAGUCUACUUCAUACUUCAGUA